GUUGCCUGGUCAGUCGAACAAACGAUUCUUGUCGAGGACUAUUCUGCUGCCAUUUGGUUCCUGGUUCACGAUUUCAUUUUACUUUCGACUAUCUUUGAAGCUACCAUUAUGAGAACCAUCGCAAUCUUCUUGUGCUAUUUGUGCUUCGUGACUUGCACGUUAGUUCGUGCCGAUGACGAACACCCACGGCUUAUGUGUCUCGCGAAAAUGGGUAUGACACGCGCCGAUCUGCCGAGCUUGUUGACCGACGAUUCCGAAGAGGCAGUGAGGAAACGUGGCUGCCUCGAAGCUUGUUUCAUGCAGAAAAUCGGUAUAAUGGAAGGUAAUACCAUAAACAUGGAUAAAAUACACGCUGAGAUAGAUAAGGUUUUAGCAAACAGCGACCAAAUAGAGACCAUUCAUCAAAGCGUACAUCAGUGUGCAACCGAUGCUGCCGACGAUGACGAGUGCAUAGUAGCCCAAAAGUUUGCCAAAUGUGGAUUGGAAUAUUUGAAACUUCGUCUCUAAAAUUUUAACACCGUCUCCGUCCAGUAAUUGUUUUAUUUUAUUAAUAUUCCUAUCAUGAAAGUAUUUUUAGCUCAAUUAGGUGUAUCCUCCACGCAUGUAUUAUUUUACAAAUAUGCGGAAAUUGAUAAGAAAUUAUGUAAUUCCUUCGUGCCUACCUACGGAUGCACACUUUUAUUUGCCUUUGAAGGUUGAAACAAUUAAUUGCAAUUUACGAUUAGUGUGCAGAGAGACAUUAUAAAAAUAAGUUAGCAGCUCUUACAAGUAUAACCAUUUAUUAAAUAACACGUACUCGGCUAUGCUUUGCAGCUUUAAGAGCGACUCUCCCGUCCAGUAUUUAUAGUUCCCCGAUUGAAAAUCGAUAUCCCGAUUAUCUGUCAUUUAUAUCCAUGUACUUGCAAUACAUAAUUUUAGUAACACAGUAUUGAUACUAGUUUUGUGGAAAUAAAUAUUCUUAAUCAGAAA